AUGUUAUCACAGAAGAAACGUUAUUUGUCUUUGAUAUGCAGAACUACACUGUAUUGUGUCAGUGUAUUCAUUAUAUUUUCUGGAGAAUAUGAGGCAUUCAUUGAAUCUAUUGGUCAUCAGCAUUUUCCAAGUGAUUACAUCAAGAAACGACUAGAAAAAGCAUUUAUUCGUUUGGCAAGAGAUGAAAUGGGUGUCAUAGCCAUGCAAACAGCUUUCGAUGGGUUGAAAUAUGAAAAGUUAUCUUCUGUUAACCUAACGCAGAGUUUAGAUAAACUUACUUCACAAAUAACUCGUCGACUUCGAGACUAUACGCAUAUUGUAACGAGUACAAGAAACACAGCUGUUCGCUUAUACAAGUCGCAUAAAGAUACACCUCUUACACCACGUUUCGACUGUUGCAAUUUGUUCGAGAGAGAUUUAAGAUUGGAUCCUGUAUACGGUUGCCGUGUAUCCCGACGAAAGUGUUGUGAUUUGAUACCAAGAAGUUUGCCGGCUACAGCUUUUAAUCCUGGUCAUAAUCUGACCCGAAGAUUUCAACAACAAUUAGACUACUGGCCAAAUGUGAAAUGGUUCUUUUUCAUAACAGCUGAUGGUCUGCACACUGAAUAUCCAGCGCAUAACUUUCAGUGUGCUGUUGUGCACCAAAGAGAUUAUAUAGGCGAUAAUCAGCCAGGGGAUAUUUCAUAUUUUGGUAGCAGCGGUGCCGGUGCUAUUAGUUCUGGCAGCAGUUUUCCUAUUCAAACUGGUCGUAUCAAUUCAAGAUUUCAUUCACUUCAAGAACAGCAAAAACAACGGGCAAAUUCUUUUUCUUCAGUCACAAAUCCCUUUCAUUGUCAUAAUUUACAUCAAUUUAGGCAUAGAAAUGCAUUUAUUCGAUCGAUUCUCCCAAAACCAAUAUGGAUGACAAUUAUAUUGGAUCAAGGUGAAGCUAGUCAAACUCAGUUAUUGCUUGGUCAACGUGUUGCACAUAUUUUACUUGCAUCAUUGAGCGAAAAAGAUUACGUCAAUGUUCUGCUUGUCUCGGAUAGUGUUAUACAUGGUUUAGAGUUAAAUAAAAGUGGUCAUGAUAACAACAAUGAUUAUAGUAGCAUAUUGAAACAAUUGAAUUUUUCCAUGCACAAAAUUCAAAACAAUCAGUCAUAUGUUGAUCUGGAUGAUGAGUUAAAGUCGAAUUUUCAACAGAAUAGUCAAACAGUGGGAUAUGCAUAUAAAGCUACUGAGGAAAUUAAAUUGUAUUUUGAUCGAUUCAUUCAUAGUGUCAAUCGUCCUUUACCGAUUAAAACAAAUCAUAUUAAAGCAUUCUAUCAUGCAUUUCAAACAAUCAUCACAAAUAUGAAACGAUUCCAUAGUGAAGUGAAUCAAUCCAACUCUAUAGAAAUUCCAGAACAUAUCAUGGUAGCCUACAUAAGUCGAGGUUAUUUAACUGAUCUUACAGAGGCAUCAACAACUCUACGUCUUGUCUCAGCCUAUCAGGCCUACCUUAACAACUCUGUACAUAUAUGUACGUAUAUGCCAACCGAAGAGAAAAGCACUACAGUGUUAUUUGAGCAAACAUUUAUGAAAGAUUUGGCUACAAGAUGGUCAUUUUAUUCACUUUCAAAUACUUCUACCAUCCAACUUAAUAAAAUUUUCCCACCGAGACAAGGUCAUUUCUUCCCAAUUAAUCGUACAACUGAUCUAUCAAAUACUGUUGGAAGAUUCUAUGAAAUUUUUUACAAAUCGUCUACAACAAUUAUUUCAAAUUAUAAAACAAGCACAAUAUCCAGUCGAGGAAAUAUUCUCGAACCAUCAGUUAUCUCAUCACGUACAGAGGAUGUGACGAUUGAAAUUGAACAGGACAUUAUAAGUGAUAAGUCUAAAUUAUCUAGUGAAAGUGAACAAGAUAACUGGGGGACUGUUGAUUCUUUAAAUAUCCUCCAUUCGCCUCAAGAUGAUAAUUCAUCAUUACUUACUCGUCAUUAUGAGAAAGAUAAUUUGAAGAACUCACAUCUGCCUGAAAUGUUUCCUGUUCAAUAUUCUCUUCCUCAUCAUGACUUAGAAGGUGGAGACUUAGUGAUAACAAUAAGUCAAGCAUUUGUAGAUCAGGAUAAUUUAAUCGGUGUCAUGGGUAUUGAUAUCCAUUUACUAGACUUGGUUGAUAAUCUGUUGCACUUCACAUCUGAUGCAAUAGACGGUGGGGCUGAUAGUUCAGUUGCGUUUUUAAUACAAACUCCUGACGGUUAUACACUAUCACAUCCAGCGUUAGCGGAUACUCUGUCGAAAGCUUACCAUCAACAACAGCAGCAUUUAUUUCUCAGUCGACCGACUAGUUAUUCAUCUAAUAAACAAAGAAUACUGUUAACUAGAAAUCAUUGGAAUGAUCGUGGAGUUCGACGUUUUGAUAAUAUGCCGAAUGGAUCGAUUCACCAGUCAUUUUUUCCUUCUAAUGAUAACAAUCAACUAUGGGUUGCACGUGGUAGCGGUGUCAGUAGCAGCUGUUUAUCGAACUCAAGAACUAACCCAUAUUUCAGUGAUUCUAGACAAUAUCAUCAACAACAAUCCAUACUGAAUCCAGAUAUUAGUCAAUUGGAAUGGAUUCCUGGUUUUCAAUCAUUGGUUAGACCACGUUUAUUGAAUGAGUUCUCCGGUGAAGUUGGCCUUUUAGUAAAAAUGACAAGAAGCGAAAUGGAAGUGUAUGGGAUAACUGGUAUCAUGAAUGCAUGCUUUAAUGUUACUGAGAUCACUGAUGAUAAACUCCCAUUGCAUAUUGUCUAUCGUUGGAGACGUAUUCAAGAUUUGAAAGCACCCUAUGUAGUUGUUGUACGAUCUGUUCAGUCAUUAUGCUCUGCAUAUCGUCAGUUAUCACCGAUUAUUCCAGAAUUCGAUUUUCAUUAUCAUCGUUUGGAUCUAUUGAAAGAACCUCAAAAGUGUCUUUUCCUAAAUCAACUUAUAUCAUUCAGUUUUGGAACUAUUUACCUAUCUCCACGCGCAUUCGCUCGACCAUUUACUCGUUUAACUCAAGGUUAUUUAGAGGAUAUAAAUGAUGUCCGUCAUCUUGUUGCAUAUUUAUUCGAUCAUACUGUAUUAAUCUCAGAUCCUGGAUUAACUGCCAGCAGUCCAUCGAUUCAGUCAUCUGUGGGAAUUGUUGAAAGGAUUGGAAAGUUUUGGAUGCAUCGAAGUCAUGUCAGUCAACUGAGAGAUUUUAUAGUUAGACGGUAUGUGGUAACAAACACUGGUGCAAUGCUUAUUUAUCCUGGAACACUUUUAUCGCAUACCUAUGAUCCAACCAAUCGGAUUUGGUAUAAACGUGCACUUGCCUUGCCUGGACGUUUAGUUGCAACCGGUCCUUAUCUAGAUGAUGGUGGUUCUGGUUAUAUUAUUACAUUAAGUCGUACAAUCUUUGAAGGAAAUUAUACCGGUGUACGUAGGCGUGAGAAGGAUAAAGUCGCUGCUGUUAUUGGGAUGGAUGUGACCUCUUCUAAAACAAGAAAUAUCUUUUCUUCAUCAUCUUCGUUGUCGACUUCGUCAUCAUCAGCUUCAAACGAUAAUCUUAAUACGCUGGAUAAAUCUGUUCAACACACUGAUUUUCGUUCAGAUUAUGAUGAUGGUUUUGGCAAUAACAGUAAUAAUAAUAGCGAUUCCAACGAACACUUAAGAAAUCCAAUUCAAUCUAGAUGUUUGUUAAUGGAUGAUCGAGGUUAUCUAAUGGCUCAUCCUGGUUUCUAUGAUCCUAAGUAUGGUGGACCGUUAGAACAGAAUCACUUAAGUUAUCAUGAACCGAUUGUUUCCUCCGAUUUAUUGAACAAUGAACACUUCCUACAAAAGACAAUUUGUUUAAAUUACAAUAAACGAACAUUACAGCGUCAGUAUAAAUUUAAUUUAUCAAUUACAGAUUCAGUUAAAAAUAGUUUAUCAGGUGAACAAUGUGUGGAAUAUCAGUUGUGGACAAUUCCAGAGACUAAUUUAAUCUUUGGUUUCAUCAAAGAACAUCAUCGAUUUGGUUGUAGUCCUCGUACAGGAUUUUGUCCAUGUUCUACUAAAAAUCGUUUAUGCUUAAAUUGUGGUCGAGUUGAACCACGCGAAUGUGAAUGUCCUUGUGAAUGUCCUAUUGAGUUGGAUCAUACUUAUUGGUUGAAUAAUUAUUCAAAAGGAUUGCCAGAAAGUAUCUUUUAUCAAUCGGAUGGUAAAUUCUUAAAGAAUUCAAAUCUUAAUCAUACUGUCUACUCAGUUAGUAAACAGUCUGAAUUGGUUGAGGAAAUAAGAACAGGAAAUAACAUUUCGUUAGUUGAUGGUCAAUUUGGAAAAUCAGCGUUUAGAAUGAUUUACGCUUAUCCACCGUGUUUACAGAACUUGGAAAUGGAACCUGUCAGUGCUGUAUCAUUUCAUUUCGAUCCAUACAUCUUCAGUACUUCGCCAUCUGCAUCUUCAUUCUAUAAAAUUAAUGAAUUCCCACCAUGUCCAAUGAAUAAUGAUCAUUUUAGUUCAAAUGAGCAUAUCAUUAUUGAUCGCAAUCGUUUACAACAACAACAACAGCAAGUUGAGUCUGUCGGUGAAAUCAACGUUGAAUACCUUGAUAAUGCUGAUAGUAACCAUCAACUGAACUACGCUAUCGAUGAUAAUAAAAAUAGUAAUAAUCGUCAUUCUCAUGAACAACCAUCAUCGCGUUGUUCUCAUCGUACACGUUUAACAUGUUCAUCAACUGUUGGCUGUGAAUGGUGUAUGAUGACAUUAGGUGAUGAAAAACCAUUAGAUCAUCCAUUUUGUGCUUCAAUCUCAGUUUGUUUUAAUGGAGUUGUUGGAGUUCCUGUGCCAAAUUCGAAUUAUGGUUUACAUGGGAACGAAUGGCCAUCGUCUUAUAAUGACCGCGAUGAACUUACCAGUUAUACCUACGCCAUACGAAGUCGUCAAGAAUCUCUAGAGCUUAGAAAGUUAUCUCAACUCUAUAAUAGAAUCCCAUCACUGCCCUCAAGAUCUGAUAUACCAGACAGUUCUUCUGUUGGCGAUGGAUCAUUCUUAUCGUUUUCUGCUCCGAUUCUGCAUACUUACUCAUCGUCGUCGUCAUCAGCAGGAGCAUCAGCUUCAUCCCAUUUCUCUUCGAAUGGCCCAUACAGAAAAGUGUCACAUGAUUUACUCGCUUUAUUUUCAAGACAUUCAGAGAAAAUGUCUGGACGAAGAAUUAUUCCCUCUGAUUUUCAUCGAGAUUGGUAUAAUUCAUUAAAGUUGAUAUCUUCAUCAUCCAGUAGUAACAAUGAUGAUGAUCAUGGCGAGAUUAUUCAUCAGCAACGUAGAUAUGAACAUCAUUCUUUCAUUAUCACAAAUCCUGUUGGUUCAGUUAUUGGUGCUGUGCUAGUCUCAUUUGUUAUAUUUCUACUAAUUGUUUAUACUGUUAAAUAUCGUCGACGUUUACGUGAACGUUUCAUGCACAGCUGUCUGUUCAGCUUGAAUUCAAAUCAUCUUAGUGUAUUACCACCAUCAACAGUGGAGAGUGAGACAGAAGCUGCUCGCCUAAAUACUUCCGUUCAUUCUCAUUUUGAUAAAUAUUCAUCAAGUGGUCAACAAAGACCAGAUUCGAGUGAUCAGUGUCCACGCUUCAACCAAUCAGACAGUAAUAAUCAUCAGUCUCAACCGCCUCCACCUCCACCACCAACAUCUGCUUUAGUUUGUAUUUCUAAUGAAUCAGGUGAUGGGGAAGGAACCGGUGUAAAUUCCUGCGAUGAACAUCCAGCAACCUGUGUUGGUCAAAGUGAUACAGAGAGUACUAAUCAUUGUAGUGGUAAUCAACAACAGGUCGUUAAUAUCGGUACUAUUGCUACCACUAAUCAAUCGCCUGCUGCUUCUACUACUGAUAUUCAUGGCACACCUAAAAUAAGUAGUAUAAAUAAUUAUUCUGAAUCACCAGCACUGUCACCAUAUUGGAUUGUAGAAAAUUGUUUAGAGAAAGUCAAGUGUUUAAUGAACACGUAUGAAAUGCGUACUAUAAAUCAUCAGACAAUGCUUGGUAGCGAAUUGUCAAAAUUACAUAGUGAAUUGUUACUAUCCAAGGAUAGACUGAUUGCUACAAAUUGUACAAUCCCACCUAAUCCAUAUCAUACAGAUUCAAUAGUUAUUAACACACCGACAGUUACUCCUGUGCUGACAUCAACAACCGAUAGAUGCUGUAGUGUAAUGCUAUCACACCAAACAAAUCCAAUGCCAUAUGAUCAACCGAGUGAAUUUGGAGAUUCUGCUGUCGGUAGUGAUUGUGCAACUGCUGCAUCGUGUGCCUCCUCGUCUUCUUCAUCAAAUCUAAAGCAUGUUUGCCCUCAAAAAGCAUUUGAACGCGAUUAUUUAGCAAAGGAGCAGCAACACCCUUACCAGGCGGGAGGACAAGAAACUGUUCAUCAUCAUCGUCUCCAUCAUCAUCUUGAUAUUACAUUUAAAAUAAUCGAAUUGCAUUUCCAAUCAAUAAAUGGUUACAAUUUCCUCAUAAUUCGUUGA